UCCAUGGAGAACAAUACAGAAGUGACUGAGUUCAUCCUUCUAGGACUUACUGAUUCUCCAGAACUGCAGGUCCCCCUAUUUAUAAUGUUCACCCUCAUCUACCUCAUCACUCUUGUUGGAAAUCUGGGGAUGAUUGUGUUGAUUCUGAUGGACUCUCAUCUGCAAAUUCCUAUGUACUUUUUCCUCACUAAUCUCUCUCUGGUGGACCUCGGUUACUCCUCAACAAUCACCCCUAAUUUGAUGGCAGGAUUCCUUACAGGAGACAAGGUCAUCUCCUACAAUGCAUGUGCAACUCAGAUGUUCUUUUUUUCAGUCUUUGCCACUACAGAAAGUUACCUCCUGGCCUCAAUGGCCUAUGACCGCUAUGCAGCAGUGUGUAAACCCCUUCAUUACACCACCACCAUGACCACAGGUGCGUGCGCAUGUCUAGCCAUAGGCUCUUAUGCCUGUGGUUUACUGACUGCUUCCAUCCACACUGGAAACAUGUUCAGUCUCUCUUUCUGUGUGUCCAAUGUGGUCCAUCACUUUUUCUGUGAGGUCCCAGCAGUCAUGGCUCUUUCUUGCUCUCAUAGACACAGGAAUGAGUUGGUUCUUAUUUGUUUGACCAGCUUUCAUAUCAUUUUUGCUCUAGUGGUUAUUUUUAUUUCCUACCUGUUCAUCUUUAUCACCAUCUUGAAGAUGCACACAGCUCAGGGACACCAAAAGGCUUUGUCCACCUGUGCUUCCCACUUCGCUGCAGUUUCCAUCUUCUAUGGGACAGUCACCUUCAUGUAUUUACAGCCCAGCUCCAGCCAUUCCAUGGACACAGACAAAAUCGCAUCCGUGUUCUAUACUAUGAUUAUCCCCAUGCUGAACCCUGUGGUCUACAGCCUGAGGAACAAAGAAGUCAAGAGUGCAUUCCAGAAGGUGGUUGAGAAGGCAAAAUUGGCUUUAGGAUUAGCCCUUUAA